AAAAAAAAUGAUGAUACUGUCCAUGCAUGACAACAAGUAGUCGUGAUUGGACUUGCCAAAGUCUUCUGUGUAUGGCUGCUGUGUAAAACACACUCUUCGCAUAGGACAAUUGGGUCAAAGUCUUCUGUGUAUGGCUGCUGUGUAAAACACACUCUUCGCAUAGGACAAUUGGGCCUUCAUUUGCGGAGAAUUAACCAGAAACAUGCCACUUUCAAGUCCAUCAAUGGCUUCAUCAACAUCUACAACUAUCAUCAAUAAGAAAGAUGUGGGUCUCUCUGCUUUCUCUUCACAACCCUCGUUUGGUAUUCAGAAUUCCAGGAAAAGCGUUUCCCGGAAAAUUGUUUCUGUUAUGGCACCACAGCAAUCUGAGCGCAAGCCCUCCACCACUGGUUCAGUCAAGACUGCGAUGACGAUGACCGAGAAGAUAUUGGCUAGGGCUUCUGAGAAACAUCAGUUGAGCCCUGGUGAUAAUGUUUGGGUCAAUGUUGAUCUCUUGAUGACCCAUGAUAUUUCUGGCCCUGGCUCGUUUGGAAUUUUCGAGAGAGAGUUUGGUCACAACGCAAAGGUUUGGGACCGUGAAAAGAUUGUCGUUAUACCUGACCACUAUAUAUUCACAAAUGAUGAGAGAGCAAAUCGUAAUGUGGAUAUCUUAAGGGAGUUCUGCACUGAGCAAAAUAUUAAGUACUUCUAUGAUAUUAAGGAUAUUGGGAAUUUCAAGGCUAAUCCAGAUUAUAAAGGUGUAUGCCAUGUUGCUCUUGCCCAAGAAGGUCAUUGCAGGCCUGGAGAGGUCCUUCUAGGUACAGACUCCCACACAUGUACUGCAGGAGCAUUUGGUCAGUUUGCCACUGGGAUUGGAAAUACAGAUGCAGGCUUUGUUUUGGGGACUGGAAAGCUUUUGCUUAAGGUGCCUCCAACUCUGAGAUUUGUACUGGAUGGUGAAAUGCCUUAUUAUUUGCUCGCUAAGGAUUUGAUUUUGCAAAUUAUUGGUGAAAUAUCUGUGUCUGGUGCAACAUAUAAAUCAAUGGAGUUUGUUGGAACUACUGUUGAAAAUUUAACAAUGGAGGAAAGGAUGACUCUAUGCAACAUGGUCAUUGAAGCAGGGGGGAAGAAUGGCGUCGUCCCAGCUGAUAGUACUACGUAUAAGUACCUCGAGGAUAAAACAUCUAUGCCCUAUGAACCAGUUUAUAGUGAUGAGCAAGCAAGGUUUCUCUCGGAGUACAGAUUUGAUAUCUCAAAACUGGAGCCAUUGGUGGCAAAACCUCAUUCUCCUGAUAAUCGUGCUUUAGCGAGGGAAUGCAAAGAUGUGAAAAUCGACAGGGUAUAUAUUGGAUCUUGUACAGGUGGGAAAACCGAGGAUUUUCUAGCUGCAGCCAAAGUGUUUUUAGCUUCAGGCAAAAAGGUCAAAGUUCCCACAUUCCUUGUCCCUGCUACCCAAAAGGUGUGGAUGGACGUAUAUAGCCUCCCAGUUCCAGGAUCUGGUGGCAAGACUUGCUCCCAGAUCUUUGAAGAAGCUGGUUGCGAUACACCUGCAAGUCCCAGUUGUUCUGCUUGUAUGGGUGGCCCUAGAGACACUUAUGCACGACUGAAUGAACCACAGGUCUGUGUCUCAACAACUAAUAGGAACUUCCCUGGUCGAAUGGGGCACAAAGAAGGCCAGAUUUAUUUAGCUUCACCGUACACAGCAGCAGCAUCUGCUCUGACUGGUUUUGUGACGGAUCCCAGAGAGUUUCUGCAGUAAGCUAUUAAUCACGGCAGCACAGCAGCAUUACGAGAUCUCCGUACUGCUUGAACUUUAAUGGAGGUGCUGUAGAAAAUAUUAGAGAUGUAACAAUAUGCUUUAAUGUUGAAGUGAGAACGCUUACGUAAUAAACUGCUCAAGGCUCUGACUAAACUGCUCAAGGAUCCCAGAGAGUUUCUGCAGUAGGCUAUUAAUCACGACAGCACAACGGCAACGGCGUUAUGAUAUCUGCGUAGUGCUUGAACUUUAAUCGAGGUGCUGUAGAAAAUAUUAGAGAUGUAACAAUAUGUUGUAAUGUUGAAGUGAGAAUGCUUAUGUAAUUUCUUGAUCUCUCUUCCCAUGUAACAAUUUGUUGUAAUGUUAAAGUGAGAACGCUUAUGUAAUAAACUGCUCAAGGUGCUGUAGAAAAUAUUAGCAUGCUACAUGUAAUUUUACCGUCUCGGUUGAAUGGCGCUGACUUCUUAGUUU